AUGGCUUCAUCAGUCGCCAAAGGUGCAGCUGGGAAAUCUUCUGUUCUCAAAAUCGUCGGUCUGUUCAAGAGGAAGCCAGGAAUAUCCGUGGAAGCAUUCAGAGAAUAUUAUGAGAACAAGCAUGUCAAAUUAUUCGAACAGCACGUCGCGCUGCCUGGUGUUUUGCGGUACUCUCGCCGCUAUCUAACCCAAAUUGAUGGCAUGUCAUCACCACUUCCAACAACUACCGGCGGCUAUGAUGUUAUCAUGGAAGUGUGGUACAAGGAUCCGGAACUAUUCGAGUCUUUGAGAAGCAAAUCAAACCCAGAAUUCACCAAGAUUACAAUUGAGGAUGAGGAGCAAUUUCUAGACCGCAGCUCGAUGACCAUGUAUCUUUCGGACGAUGUCGAAAGUAAGGAUGGACCAUGGAAUGUAUGA